ACACACACUCAUUCUCAUUUGCCAUGCUGUUUUCAUCCUGGACAAGUCUUGUAAUUUCGAAAAUCGUAAUUUUUUUUAUUUUCAAAAUUUUUGUGACCAAGUAAUAAUGAAAUCGCUGAAUAAUAAAGACUUGGAAUUGAAAACCCCUUUUUCAUAUUAUAUAGGGGUGAAGAAAAGAUCCUUGAAACAAAGCUAUGGAACAACACCAAGAGCCUUGCUAUUCGACAAAAAAAGCUGAAAAAAUUUAAAUUUUGAAGCCAGAAAGCAUUUCCAAUUCGGAACGUUCCAGAUCAUAAAGAUCCUGAAUCAAACCUUGGAAUUGACAUAAUUCGAAACUGUAGGAGCAGAAAUUUAAUCUCCAAUUGAAAUUACCAAUAACAUGGAUGGAUGUGAUUUUGUUAUGAAUCAACGCAAUCUAACAUCCCGACGAGCUUGAAAAGGAAGCCAUUAAAAAAGACUACGGCUUCUGAAGCAUAUAAUGACAAAAGACUGGAACAGAGUUUAGGGCAACUCAAGUCACUGGAAAUGAACAAGAAGAACUUGCUAAAGUAUAUGAUCCAGGCGUACAAAAUACUGCCCUCUCAAAUAUAACCCUACGUAAUCUUCUGUAAAAAUUUAUUUUAUAUUUUAUUAUUAAUUUUAUUAUAACACAUUGUAUGAUAUCGAAUUGUUAACCGAAACAUGGUUCGAUCACCAGAUUGGAAAACUACAUCUGGUUAACGAACAAAGGCUGUGAUUUAUGUGAAGAAAAACAGUAGCAUCAAUCCGAUUUUGAUUGAUCAAUACAGUCGUUUCAAUCAAUGUGUAGUCAAUGUUACACUAAUUGGCCAAUCAAUAAGGCUAAUUAGUGUAUACGGUAGCAAGGAAAUUAUUUCCACAUCUAGAUGAUCCAUUGUUAAAUUAUCUUUAUGAUGAUAAUCAAAAAAAAUUGAACAGUAUUUACGUAUUAGCGCCACCGCAAACUGGUUUGCAACAGAAUCGAAUUAAACACAAUAAUACACUUGCAAAUCAAUAAAUUUACAUGUUUAACAGUCUUUAUUUUCUAUAAUUCUAUUUUUUUUUAUAUUUAGAAGCCUUUUUAUUAUUUAUUUGUUCACGAAGCUUUCUUUUUGUUUUCUUGUUGUUUGCUGAUUAUAUGCCCCACUUUUAGUGUAUAGAAAAUGCUUAUUUGGGAUUUGCCAACAACAGAACAAGACACAAUUAUAUUUUUUCAGGAGCGAAAUAUCUUACCUAAUGGACGAAAAUGUACCAAAAACGAUAUGAAGCUUUAUUUUGGUAAACGUUACUUUUGGAAAUGUAAUCAAAGACGAUGCGAUCAUCAAGUGGGACUUGGAAAAGACAACUGGUUUGAGUUUAGCAAAAUAACAUUUUGUUCAGCUUUGAGAUUCAUAUACUGCUGGUACGAGAAGUUAACGUCCAUUAAAUUUUGUAAAAAGCAACUUGACUUAUCCGACAAAACUGUUAUAGAUUGGAACAAUUACAUGCGUGAAUUAUGUGUCCUUGAUAUGGUAAAUAAACCAAACAAGAAGAUAGGUGGACCAGGAUGCAUCGUGGAAAUUGAUGAAAGUUUAUUUACAAAACGUAAAAAUAAUUGUGGUCGUUUAUUACCAGAACAGUAGGGUGUUUGGUGGUGUAUGUAGAGAAACAAAGGAUUCAUUUAUAUUGUCACUAUUCCUAAUAGAACUGGGUGGUCUACCCUUCUAGAUAAAAUAAUUGAAAACAUUUCAGAUGGAAGCACAAUUUAUUCAGACUGUUGCAAAGGCUACCAAAGGUUUUUUUCCAACAUACACACACGUGGUUUUUCAUUCUCUUUUCUGUUCGCUUACGAUUAUAACGAUUAAAAAUAAAAACUUAAUUUUG